AUGUCGGUCGCAAGCAAGAACCUGUUCGAGCUCCUCGGCAACGAUGCCGAGGAUGACACUCCUCAGGCGCCCGUGAAGACGGUUGACAAGACCACCAUGCGUUCAACCAAGCGCGGCGUCGAGCCCGAGGCUCCCUCCCGUGCUGCCGCCGGUGCCACCGGUGGUGCUCGUCGCACCAACGCCUCUGGCAACGAGGCUGCCUUCCGUGACCGCGGUGCUGGCAGCGACCGCAACCGUGGCAAGACCACCGAAGAGCCCGCUAGAGGUGGCCCUCGUGGUGGCUAUGGUGCCCGCGUCCGUGGAGGCCGCGGUGGCCGCUUCCCUCGCGAGCGUGACGACCGCCAGUCUAAGGGUAUCGCCAGCGGUUCCGAGAAGCAGGCUGCCCAGUCUUGGGGCGCCACUGAGGGUGAGGCCGAGCGCAAGGACGAGGUUGCCGGUGAGGCCAUCGCCCAGGCUGAGGCCAAGGAUGCCGAGGCCGAGGCCGCCGCUCCCGCCGAGCCCGAGGAGCCUGAGGAGAAGCACAUCUCCUACGCCGACUACCUCGCCCAGCAGGCCGAGAAGAAGCUUGCUCUUGAGGGCAACACUGAGGUCCGCAAGCCCAACGAGGGCACCAAGCUCAAGAAGGAGUGGGCCAAUGCCAAGGAGGUUACCCGCGAGGACGAGGACACCUUCAUGAUUGGUACCGGCGGCAAGACCAAGCGCGAGCGUGAGCGCAAGACCAAGCAGCUUCUGGACAUCGACCAGCGCUACGUUGAGCCUGAGCGUCCCCGUGGUGGCGCCCGUGGCGGUGCCCGCGGUGGUGCCCGCGGCGGUGCUCGCGGCGGUGACCGUGGUGACCGUGGCGGUCGCGGUCGCGGCGACGGCCCCCGUGGUGGUGCUCCCCGCGCCGGCGGUGCCCCUCGUGGCGGCCGUCGCGAGGGUGGUGCGCAGAUCAACACCAAGGAUGAGUCUGCGUUCCCCAGCCUCGGCGGCAAAUAA